UGCCUCGCCAACCUCCUACAAUCUCCUCUACACACUAUUUUUUUACUUCUUUUCUCGUUCGUUGACCUUAUAAUUACUAUACCUACACCCUACUACUAUCAUCGUUAUUCAUUCUUACUACAACCGUCAAAAUGGUGUCCCUUCGCUAUCUCCCAGCCUAUGCCUACGCUCUCUUCACUGCCUCUAUUAGCACCGCAGCACCUGCACCCAUUGCCUCUCAAAGAGCGACGGCCAAUGCUGCCGUUGCAGUCGGUGCCGUCAUCGAACGGUGCACGACCCCCGGUACGAUAGCCCUCACCUUCGAUGACGGCCCGUACCAGUACACUUCCGAUCUCCUCGACGUGUUUAGCCAAAACGGAGCCCCAGCAACGUUCUUCCUUAAUGGACAGAAUGUCGGGAACAUCUAUGACUAUGCGGAUGUUAUUCAGCGGAUGCAUAGUGAGGGGCAUCAGAUUGCGUCUCAUACUUGGAGCCAUCCUUACCUCACCUCGCUCGACUACAACGGGGUCGUGUCGCAGAUGACCCAGCUCGAGGAUGCGUUGCAGGAGAUUGUCGGCGUUAAGCCUGCCUACAUGAGGCCGCCAUAUCUUGCCACUAAUGAUGUCGCGCUGGGUGCUUUGGGGGAUCUCGGGUACCAUGUUAUCAGCUGCAGCAUCGACACGAAGGAUUACGAGAACGAUGACCCCAGUUUGAUUGCCAACAGUGUGAACAAGUUCAAUGACGAGUUGAAUGGUGGGGGUAGUAUCGUUCUGUCGCAUGACGUGCAUGAGCAGACGGUGUAUACACUGGCGCAGGCUAUGUUGGAUGAGGUUAAGGCAAGGGGAUUGACGCCUGUUACGGUGGCGGAAUGCUUGGGUGAUUCGAACGGGUGGUACCAAUAGACAAGGGUUGGAUAUAUAUAUAUUGAACCGG